AUGACAAUAAAGGAGCGUAGGCAGCUCCAGAGCCAGGAGCACGGUUCCCGUCCCCCAUGGUGGGCAGCUCCAGAGCCAGGAGCACGGUUCCUGUCCCCCAUGGUGGGCAGCUCCAGAGCCAGGAGCACGGUUCCCGUCCCCCAUACUGGGCAGUCCCAGAGCCAGGAGCACGGUUCCCGUCCCCCAUACUGGGCAGCUCCAGAGCCAGGAGCACGGUUCCUGUCUCCCAUGGUGGGCAGCCCCAGAGCCAGGAGCACGGUUCCUGUCCCCCACGGUGGGCAGCUCCAGAGCCAGGAGCACCCAUCCUGUCCCUCAUGGUGGGCAGCUCCAGAGCCAGGAGCACAGUUCCUGUCCCCCACGGUGGGCAGCUCCAGAGCCAGGAGCAUCCAUCCUGUCCCUCAUGGUGGGCAGCCCCAGAGCCAGGAGCACGGUUCCUGUCCCCCAUGGUGGGCAGCCCCAGAGCCAGGAGCACGGUUCCCAUCCCCCAUGGUGGGCAGCCCCAGAGCCAGGAGCAUCCAUCCUGUCCCCAACGGUGGGCAGCUCCAGAGCCAGGAGCAUCCAUCCUGUCCCCCAUACUGGGCAGCCCCAGAGCCAGGAGAACGGUUCCCGUCCUCCAUACUGGGCAGCCCCAGAGCCAGGAGCACGGUUCCUGUCCCCCACGGUGGGCAGCCCCAGAGCCAGGAGCACGGUUCCUGUCCCCCACGCCCCGGAGCCAGGAGCACGGUUCCUGUCCCCAUACUGGGCAGCCCCGGAGCCAGGAGCACGGUUCCUGUCCCCCGCCCGCCCGGAGCCCCCGGCCCGUCCCGGAGCUGCCGCCGGACGGUCCCAGCCGGCCAAGGGCGCCCCCCAGCGCGCGAGGCGGGCGCUGCAGGCAGCGACGGCCCGACCGCCGCGCUCCGGGAGCGCAACCGGCGCCGCCGCUCCUCGCACCGGCCCCUGCCGCCCCCAUCGCACCGGCCCCUGCCACUCCCACCGCACCGGCUCCCUGCUACCCCGGGGGCGGCCGCCGCUCCGCCGCCGAGCCGCACCGCGCCCGGCAGAAACACCUGUCCGGCCGCCGAGCCGCAGCGAGCGCCGCAGCCCGCGCCAGCCGUUUCCUCCCGGGGAGUCUCCCGUCGGGCCGCCCGCGGGGCUCGGGGAGCGGGGCGGGCGCGGGCGGCGGCGCCCGGGGCGCUUCAGCGCCCGGCCGGGGGCUCCGCCGGGGCGGGCGCGGCGGCCGCACCUGCGGGCACUGAGCAUGCGCGCGGCGCGGGGCACGCCGCGAUUGGGAGCGCGGAGCCAGAGUGGGACGGAGCCGCCGGGAGCCGCUCCAUGGGAGUUGAUGCCGACGCUGCUGCCGCCUCGGACCCCGCGCCCUGCGAGGAUCCAGCUCCCGCCGGGGACUCCCGCCGGCCGCGCGGCGUCUUCUCCGGAGCCGCGGGCCGCCCGGAGCCGGGCAUGACCGGGCGGGCGGCGGGGGCCGGCCGUGCCCCUCUGCCCCCUCGCCGGGGGCCGGGCGGAGGCGGCGCCGCCGCGCUCCCUGCCGCGCCGGGGGUGCGCCGCCCGGCCGUGCCCUGA